AUGACGACCGUUCUCUCACAAGGCCCGGGGCCGAAAGACCUGUCGCGUCAGAUCCUCGAGCAUCAAGCUCCCCAAUACACCUUCACCUUCACGCCCUUCCUCUUCCAAACCUACCGCCACGGUCUCUCUCCAAACCGUCCAACAUGCAAAGCUUACCUCCAGGGGCACUGCCCCUUGGGCCCAUCUUGUCCAGACAAGCAUCCAAGCACGGGCAACCAGUCGAAUUUCAGUAAUAUGGUAUGCAAGCAUUGGCUUAGGGCUUUAUGUAAGAAAGGGGAGAGUUGUGAGUUUUUGCACGAAUACAACCUGAGGAAGAUGCCAGAGUGCAAUUUCUUUGUACGGAAUGGAUACUGCUCUAAUGGAGAUGAAUGUCUCUACCUACAUAUCGACCCCUCCUCCAAGCUCCCACCCUGUCCCCACUACGAAAAGGGGUUCUGUCCUUUAGGACCCAAUUGUUCCAAGAAGCACGUCCGCAAGACCCUAUGCGAAUUCUACCUAGCGGGCUUCUGCCCUGACGGCAAGAACUGUAAGAAAGCGCAUCCACGCUGGCCCACUGAUCUACCAAAACCGACUAUAAGGGUAGAGAGAGAUCCAGAGGAGAUAGCAGAGGAACAAAGACUACUAAGGGAGAAUGCUGAGAGAGAACAUGAGAGGGAACACGAGAAAAACGGAGGCGGUGAAGGCGGCGGGAGAGGAAGAGGCCGAUGGCACGGCGGUGGUGGAUACGGCAGGGGCCGUGGCCAGGGUGAUCAGAGGAGACAACGAGGCCGGGGUCAUUAUUGA